CUCUUUUUAUCUCCGUCCCCAUUACAUAGAUACAUACAUACAGUCAGUCAGCAACACCUCUUCAUCGCCUCUCGUUGUUGCCGAAAAUCGAUUGUCUCGUCAAAUGGAAGCAAUGUCAGGGAAGAUUAUUGAAAAAGUCUUGGUGGCCCAGUGCUACCAAUGGCAACAGGAUAGGAAGUGCUUCAGCAAAUACCGAGUGGAAUCUUGUACCCCAAAAUCUCAAAACAUGCUUCCCUUACAAAGGGGGAAGUUAACAUGGACUGACUCAUCUUCCAUGCAGUUGCCAAUUUGUCAGACCACAUUUAGUAACCGACGGCCUGUUAAUUGUCAUGCUUGCUCAUCUCCGGCAGCAGUAUCUUCACUUGGAAAGACUGAUUUCCUAAAGCUUCAGAAUGGAAGUGAUAUUCGAGGUGUUGCUGUUGAUGGUGUUGAAGGAGAAUCUAUUUCUCUUACUGAAGCUGUUACAGAAGCAAUAGCAGCUGCUUUUGCAUCAUGGUUGGUUGACAAGAAGAAACCUAGUGCAUCUUCACGUCUAAAAGUUUCGAUUGGCCAUGACUCUCGUAUAUCAGCCAAGUCUUUGCAGGAUGCUGUUUCUCGAGGAAUUGCUGGCGCUGGGCUAGAUGUCAUUCAAUAUGGAUUAGCAUCCACACCUGCAAUGUUUAAUAGUACACUUACUGAUGAUGCAGACAUUUUCUGUCCAGUUGAUGGAUCAAUUAUGAUCACAGCAAGCCAUCUUCCAUUCAAUAGGAAUGGUUUUAAGUUCUUUACAAACUCGGGAGGCCUUGGGAAGGCCGACAUUAAGGAUAUAUUAGAGCGUGCUGCAAAUAUAUACAAUGACUUCACAGUUGAGAGUCUAAAAGAAUCCGAAAAGAGAGCUGCUACAGCUGUGAAGGCAGUUGACUACAUGGCUGUCUAUUCCUCUGAUCUUGUAUCAGCAGUCCGCAGAGCUGCAGGAAAUACAGAUAAGCCACUGGAAGGGUUUCAUAUAAUUGUUGAUGCAGGAAAUGGAGCUGGAGGAUUUUUUGCAGCAAAAGUGCUUGAGCCACUGGGAGCAAUUACUUCUGGCAGUCAGUUCUUGGAUCCAAAUGGCUUAUUCCCAAAUCAUAUCCCAAACCCUGAGGAUAAGGAAGCAAUGAAAGCCAUUACCCAGGCUGUCCUAACUAACAAAGCUGACCUAGGCAUAAUAUUUGACACUGAUGUUGACAGAUCUGCUGCAGUGGAUUCCUCUGGACGUGAGUUCAACAGAAAUCGUCUCAUUGCUUUAAUGUCUGCUAUUGUUCUUGAGGAACAUCCUGGAACUACCAUAGUUACAGACAGUGUGACUUCUGAUGGAUUGACGACAUUUAUAGAAACAAAACUUGGUGGAAAACAUCAUAGGUUCAAGAGAGGUUACAAAAAUGUCAUUGAUGAAGCAAUACGUUUGAACUCUAUUGGUAAUGAGUCUCACUUGGCUAUUGAAACAAGUGGUCAUGGAGCCCUCAAAGAAAAUCACUGGCUUGAUGAUGGUGCAUACGUUAUGGUUAAGCUGUUGAACAAACUGGCAUCUGCCAGAGCAUCAGGAGCUGGUGGUGGCAGCAAAGUAUUGACUGAUUUGGUGGAGGGGCUAGAGGAGCCUGCUGUUGCCAUUGAACUGAGGCUGAAGAUUGAUCAGAAUCAUUCUGAUCUCAAAGGAGGAUCUUUCCGAGAAUAUGGAGAGGCUGUGUUAAAACAUCUGGAGAAGGUCAUAGAUAUGGAUCUAAAGCUUCAGAAAGCCCCUGUCAACUAUGAAGGCGUGAGAGUUUCAGGGCAUAACGGGUGGUUCCUUCUGAGACUAUCUCUUCACGAUCCAGUAUUGCCCCUUAACAUUGAGGCGCAGAGCACUGAUGAUGCAGUCAAACUUGGACUUGUGGUUCGAGCAGCUGUGAAUGAGUUUCAUGCUCUGGAUACCUCAGCCUUGGACAAAUUUGUUAGCAACUCAUAAUUGCUGGAGGAUCCCUUUUUUUUAGAACCAGUGUUCAUGCCAUCCAGUUUUUGUUUUAAAUUAUGGUCAGUCAGAAUGGGACAUCCUUCUUCCAUUGUGCCUGGAUCUAAUAAAUGAUAAAACAUGUAUGAAUGGUCAUGGCCUAAUAAUGGCCCAACUGAUCUAUCUCGUAAUGUUGUUUUGAGUUUUCUAUACUUGUGUUA